AUGGCGCCUAUCAUAACGCAAUGGAGCGAUUUCGACAGUGUUUACGAGGCCUUUGAUGCAAACACUCACGAGUUCUUGUACACGACAUUCUCAUUCAUUGACGACGACGAUGUCUUCUACUUCGGCCAGCUAAGCGCCCCAAAGCUCAAGAUCACCUUGGAACAGUACACCGCUGCAUUGGAACGGAUCCCCGACCAAGACAUUUUCCCAGACGUGCCGCCGGAUGCUCGCCUGACUCUUGCUGCGAACGACUGCGAUGUGAAUGCCCUCUACAUUAAGCGGCCCCGGUUGAGGAUGUACGAGGAAUAUAAAAAAGACGACAUGCUUUUCGUUAUUCCGACCCUCAUUCUCGACGAGGCACAUGCAUUGCAGAUCGUCUCUCAACAACCCCACCCUGGCAUCAUCGGGUACCAUGGCUGCCGCGUGCGGAGGGGACGCAUCACCGGGCUCGUGCUUGACAAGCAUCCGCAUGACCUGAAGGAAUAUCUCAAGGACGGGGUGGGUGAGAUUGAUAAGGAGGCAUUUAUGACCGCGCUCGAGUCGGCUGUUCGGCACCUCCACUCCCUCGGGCUCGCGCACAAUGGUAUGUUUGGUUGGGAUAUCCGGCCCCUGAUCGGUCGGAAGCUGGGCGCAUCUCGGGGGACGGUAGGCUGGAUUGACGGGGACGUUCUGGAAUACGCGGUAUCUGAAGAACGGCACGACUUGUCCGCCCUCGAAAAAGUCCGCGUUUGGCUUGACGAUCCGGAUUUUGAUAGGUAAACGCUACGAGGCUUGUGGUGCUAUCUGUGUACAGGCUAUCUCAUGCAGGGAUAGGGCGUUGAAACUUUGGGCUCGACGAGACAUGCAUGGUGCAAGAAAAGUAAAAUCGCAUCAAGUCCGAUUGUUCUGAAUCCGAACUACAAUCCUUGUUAAUUACGCUCCGGCAUUGGAUUUGGUGAAGAUAGGAAUUUUGUCGUACCAUCCCGCACACGAUCCAAGAGGCCUGCCGUAGCCCGUAGGUGCCAUGCGGGAGGCAGUUAGGUAUAUC